AUGGCCCAGCCCUACCCCCCUGCCCAGUACCCCCCUCCGCCACAGAACGGCAUCCCCGCCGAGUACGCACCACCCCCUCCGCAUCCCACGCAGGACUACUCGGGCCAGACCCCGGUCCCCCCGGAGCACGGCCUGACCCUGUACACACCAGCACAGACCCACCCCGAGCAGCCGGGCACCGAGGCCAGCACACAGCCCAUCGCCGGUGCCCAGACAGUGCCGCAGACAGACGAGGCGGCACAGACGGACAGCCAGCCACUGCACCCCUCCGACCCCACAGAGAAGCAGCAGCCCAAGCGGCUACACGUCUCCAACAUCCCCUUCCGGUUCAGGGACCCCGACCUGCGGCAAAUGUUCGGGCAAUUCGGAAAAAUUUUAGACGUGGAGAUCAUUUUUAACGAGCGGGGCUCCAAGGGUUUUGGGUUUGUAACUUUUGAAACUAGCUCAGAUGCUGACCGAGCCCGGGAGAAGCUGAAUGGGACGAUCGUAGAGGGACGGAAAAUUGAGGUCAAUAAUGCCACAGCCCGAGUCAUGACCAACAAGAAGACUGCGAACCCCUACACUAACGGCUGGAAGCUAAAUCCCGUGGUAGGCGCAGUCUACGGGCCUGAAUUCUAUGCAGUGACGGGGUUCCCCUACCCCACUACGGGCACAGCCGUUGCCUAUAGGGGCGCGCACCUACGGGGUCGGGGCCGGGCCGUGUAUAAUACGUUUCGGGCUGCGCCGCCCCCGCCCCCCAUCCCAACUUACGGAGCGGCGCUGGAGCAAACGCUUGUUAAAAUGCCAGUCCCAUGGGCAGGGCUGGCACCCUGCCCCCUCCCUCCUCAGCAGACACCGGAGCCGGCCUACCCCACCUCUUCAGCGUUCCCACCACUCUCUUGUCCGUUUGCUUCCAGGGUCGUGUAUCAGGAUGGCUUUUAUGGUGCUGAGAUUUAUGGGGGCUACGCAGCCUACAGAUACGCUCAGCCUGCGGCAGCCGCAGCAGCCUACAGCGACAGUUACGGCAGAGUCUAUGCAGCCGCUGACCCCUACCACCACACCAUCGGCCCCGCGGCGACCUACAGCAUCGGAACCAUGGCUAGCCUCUGCCGAGGAGGGUACAGCCGCUUCACCCCCUACUAG